AUGAAGCUUUUAGCCCUCGUAUAUUUGAUGUCGUGUGUCCUUUGUAAGAAUAUUCUUCUUACGAACGAUGACGGUUUCGCUGCUACCAACAUCAGAGCCACCUACCGUGCGUUGAAGUCUGCCGGACACAAUGUCGUUAUGGUUGCUCCAGUAUCUCAGAGAUCGGGAUGGAGUGGAAAGUUCGAUGUUCCUUACACCAAGGACUUGAUGACUGACGGUGAAUUUGCCUACAAAGUCAAGGGAGACCCUGCUUGGGGACACGAACCAACCGACGUUGGUAUCUGGUACUUCAACGGAACCCCAGCCAGCUGUGUUGGAUUUGGAUUGGACUACGUUCUUCCAAACUACUUCCAAGGUAAGACUUCAAACUCCAGUAACGUCACCAUCGACAAGUUUGACUUGGUUGUGUCUGGUCCUAAUGAGGGUGUUAACCUUUCUCCUGGUCUUUUCACCAUUUCUGGUACCAUUGGAGCUGCUGUAUCUGCUGCAUACCGUGGUGUUCCAUCAAUUGCUUUCUCUGGUUCCAACGGAAACAACUCGUUUUUCAAGGACUCUUUGGAUGAAGACAAAUUGAACCCAUCGAAUAUCUACGCCGACUUGGUUGUCGAUUUCGUCGACCAACUCUUCGAGGCCCAACAAGAAGACGAGAGAUUGUUGCCUCUUGGAACCGGUAUCAAUAUCAACAUGCCUCCUGUUGGUUACCAGAACGAGAGCUGUACUGCUCCGGAGUGGGUCUACACCAGAAUCACUGGUCCUGAUUCCACCUCUUCCACCGUCAAAUUCAACGCUACUACUGGUUUGGUCAGCUCCGGCUCAAACAGCUCCAAGGCUCUUCUCGUGGACUACAACGGUCUUGACUUUUUGCCAUCUGAAGCCUCAAUUCUUAAAAGUGGUUGUAAGAGUUCUGUGUCUCUUUUCAGCAUUGACUACGAUGCACCAAAGAGAUUGCAAAGAAAAAUCCACAAGGCAUUGAAGCCUCUCUUCAAGUCAGAAGACAACGAUGAUGACAACGAGUAG